GCAACUUGGCUCAGGUUCGGAUGGAUUCCCACCUUCACUAUAGUACGGAUUCGUAAUUAUUUUUAAAAAUGAGGCCACAGGCUUACCCCAGAGCGAUCUAAACGUUGCUUUCCAUAGGCACUUUUGGCAAAUCGUUCGUUAGGUUUUCAGCUGGCAGCUGAUACAGGGUUUAAUCUAUGGAGCAUACAAAAGAGGAGGAUGUCACCGAGACCCAUAUCUCUCAAGCCUUAUUCUCCACUCAAGGGUCACAGUAGUAUCUAGCCAUGAACGCUUUCCCCGACUGUUCGUUCUUACCACCCAUCCUACUACCCGAAUUUCCACAUCAGGAAUAUCCUUCAUUAUCCAGAUGCUUUCUGCAUGACUGUCCAUGCCAUUCUACGAGCCCUCACGACGCUCUUAUCAUAAAUGUGGAGACCAGUACCGCUAUGAAUGCGCGCUGCUCCGCCGAAGAUACCCCCAUAGUCUAUCGUUGUGCCUGGAACGAUGAACAUUCUCCUUGCGCUAUGUUUAUUGAAGGCGCUCCCAAAGAGAUUCUCUCACAUCUCCGGCGACACCACGGCGUCGCUUGCAACGUCAAAGAGGUCGAGUGCCGAUGGAGUUCAUGCUCCAGGGCAGGACCUCUGAAGAUCGCAAGCAUCCCGAGGCACGUCGCGAAGCAUCUCGGCAUUCAGUCCAGAUGCUCGCGAUGCACACUUAUCAUGGCACGGAAUGAUGUCGUACAAGACCAUAUUAGGAAGUCUCCCGCCUGUGCCGGUGGCAUAGUCCAGGUGGUUCCUGGUCCGGAUGCUCGACAGAUCGUGUCAGCGUAUUUGUAGCUUACGGUCUUCGUGAAAUCAUGAGAGGGUCUUCAUGUCAUAUCCGUUUUCCAGUUCUUGUAUUUUUCUCGGCUGUUUUGAUACAAUGUUAUUGGUCUAGUCUUUUACCACCCCCUCCCCUUUAU